AUGAAUCUUGAAGAAAUUGCUCCGGAUUUACCUAAAAUCCAAGAGCCAAAGUUGGACGUACUCAUACAUGUUGGUAAACCACCAAAUUCAACAACAAUAAAAGAAAAUUCACAAGUUUUAAAGGAUCAAUGUGAAUAUUUUCGUACUCUUUUGAAUGAUAAAUCGGUAAAAAAAAAUGAUGGAUGGAUGGAAAUUAAUUUACCGUCUAUUUCUCCUGAAGUUUUUUAUUUCAUACUAGAUUACAUAAAAGAUGGUUGGAAGACUUUUGGAUGUCAGCAAGAUGACGGAAAAAGCACAUUGGAUCGACUAAUCGCCCUUGAUGAAUUAGGAAUAAAAGAAUUGCUUGGUCCCGGCCAAGAUUAUUUAAUUAAAAACCAAUCUGGUUGGAUUCGUGAUAAUUUUUCACUUGUUUACAAAACUACAAUUAAAAUACCUUCAUUGGAUUCUUUACGAAAAUAUAUACUUGGAAUAUUACAGAUUAGUUUGUUCGGCGAAACUAUAAAUCCUUUUAUUCCUUUAAUAAGAUUUGAACAUAUUUCAUCUGAUGAUUUUUGUAGUACAGUAUUACCUUUUCAAAGGUUCCUUCCACCAGAGCAACAACGUUCACCACGUUACUGUUCUUCCGAAGAUACAUUGAAUAACAACGGUUUAUUUCCUCGCUUGACGCGACCGAGACGAACAGCAUUUAUAGAUUCAAAUAUCAUUAAUAUUUCUCAUGCAGCUUUGAUAGCAAGUUGGAUAAAACAUAAACCAUCAGUGAAUUCACAGGUUAGAACCAACCUGAAAUUUCAAAAACCAUCAUCAAUCCCUUAUAGUUUUCACCUUUUGUAUCGGGCGAGCAGAGAUGGAUUUUCUGCUAAAGCAUUUCACAGAUACGUUGAUAAUUGUUUAAACUCGACAUUCAUUAUUAUAAAAUUAAAACUUUCAUCACAAAUAAUUGGUGGCUUCACCUCAAAAUCAUGGAAAUCACCCCCAUUAAACUUCCCUAAGAUUGUAAACGAUCAUGAGUCAUUUAUAUUUUCAUUAUGCGAUCCGAGUGGCGAUGAAAGAUUUGCUGACUUUAGCAGGCCUAAGUCUGGCUAUUUUCCUUUUAUGUUUAGUUCAAAAUAUAUAUAUUAUGGAAAAAAUGCUAUUAAAUUAAGUAAAUCUAGACCUUCUUUUGGAAGGACCGACUUACAAAUCAGAGAUGGAACUUGUUUUUGUAAAGUUUGUGAUUAUGAUAAGGCUAUUACUUGGGGUAGUGGAAGCUUUGAAAUGGAAGAAUGUGAAGUAUUUAGCGUUAGGAGAAAAGACAAGAUCCUUUAA